CAAACCCUAUCAGGUGAGGUUUUUCCAGAAUUGGAUGCAACUGAGACAGAUUUUUCUCCUUUCAUUAUGCCAGGUCAAAAGUUGGAUUAUUACUGUUUUUAAAAGAGUGCUCAGCAAGUUUUGGACUCCCUAGAGGGAUUCUCUUAAACUUAUAAAAAUGGUUCAAGGUGUGUCUGAGUUGGCUGCCAUGUGCGUUGGAGUUAUUGGGCUGAUUGGAGCAGCGGCCACGACCGGUUUGCCCAUGUGGAAGGUGACGGCUUUCAUUGAGGAGAACAUUAUCGUGAUGGAGACCCGCUGGGAGGGCUUGUGGAUGAACUGCUACCGCCAAGCCAACAUCCGGAUGCAGUGUAAGGUCUACGACUCCCUGCUUUACCUGCCCUCGGAGCUGCAGGCGGCCAGAGGCUUGAUGUGCUGCUCUGUGGCCUUGUCAAGUUUGGGGCUCUGUGCGGCUCUAUUAGGCAUGAGAUGCGUCUCCUGCUUUCAGAGUAACAUAUUGGUGAAAAACAUCAUCCUCUUGGUGGCAGGAGCCAUGCAGCUCAUGGCCUCGCUGUGUGUUUUUAUCCCCGUGUCUUGGACCGGUCAUGUCAUCAUUAGAGAUUUCUACAAUCCCCUGCUGAUUGAUGCUCAAAGAAGAGAGCUUGGAGAGGCUCUGUACAUUGGUUGGGUGACUGGUGCCUUACUGUUUGCCUCAUCGUUGUUAUUCCUCUGCCGUCGUGUCCCCGUGAAAAAAGACUCGUUUGAUGUUUAUCGUCCUGUUAACUUAAUGAAUCAAGAACCACCAGUAGCCACUAGCAAGCCAUCAUCAAUGAUUUAUGAGCCCAUCUCAAGCGUUCCCAGCCUGGAACCAACAUACCAGCAUUUUGUGUCGAACAAUGGUUCUAUCGGGCAGCAGUUUGCUGUUCCGCUGCAGAGUGUUCCACCAGUGAUGGCGUCUCAAAGAUCCCUGGUCAACCCGUCUUUCAUUUACAACCCUCCUCGUCCUGAAAGUGUGCCCUUCUUCUAUCAAGGCAGCAUUGCUCAGCCAUCUCCCAUGCACAGUUUGAACCACAACGCAGGCAUGUUCACCCCUGCAAACUCUCUGUAUAUGAGCCACAAUUACCCAAGCAAUGCCACUUCGUCCUUCCAGUCCAGUUUCCAUCCCAGGUCACAAACUCCUGUUUUCAUAACAUACAAAAAGUCCAUGGUUCUACCAGAGUCCUACAACGGGAGCAGCCCUGGACUGUACAUAUAAAGAUAAAAAAAUAAACACAAGUUUUGUUUCAAACUGACAUUAGAAGCAUAAGGAACAAUGCAUUUGCAUUUACAUUUAGCUAAAUUGGAUGUUUAUUCUUUUGAGAGUCCAAGCUUUUUUCUGUUCAUAUUCAGAAGUUUUUUGAGUACAAAAAAUAAAAUAAAACAGUUACCAGGAUAUUAUUACAAAUGUAGAUGUAUACUUAUAUGAGUUUGUAUCAAAUACUUGGUCUGAUACACUUUUAGUAUAGAUAAAUAUUUAGAGGAACAUUUGUUUCAUCACUGUAUAUGAUAUAUAUAUAUUGUAUUUUACCCAAAUGCCUUGAGAAUUUUAUUUCAAUGAAAAAACAUUAUUAUACAAUUUCAUGAUUAGUUUUUUUAAGUUUCAAAUCACCAUGAUUUUUCAUUGUUAUUCUUUAAAAUUUAGGUCAGAAAUUUGACUUAAUAGAAAAAUUGUGAUUUAAAGUUACCGGUAGGAAAUCAUGUGUGUAUUGCUGAAUAAAUCUUCAGAAAUUUUGAGCUUUUGAGUUCUUUUUCAUUCCUUAUUUUGUCUGAUAACUUUUCAUGUAACAUUUCGAGAUGUAAAGCAUUAUGUCCACGCCAUUAAAAAUAUUAAAAACUAAAUUACCAUUAAUUUGAACAAACAUAAAUAACUGCCUUUAGAAUUGUAAACCUAAUGGCACCUAACCGGAAGCAUGUAAUUAAAAUCAUUUUUUUAUUUUUCUAAACUCAAACCAAGUGUGCAGACUGAAAGAUGAUCUUCUGUGACAACCCCUAUGCUAAAAAAGUGAACAACAAAAUGUGUGUAAAACAUUCAAAUUUUCUCAUAUUUGAUGUUCUAACACAUUUAUAUAGAAUGGACAUUAAAAUAGGACACAUCUCUUGAAUAUGUUACUUUUCACCACUAGAUAGCAGCAGACAACACAGUGUUCCUAGUUUAAACCAGAGCUGUGCCUCUCAUUGUCUUAUCAGUAUAGGAUCUUUAAGGUUUUAAGAUAACCACCAAAACAGGGAAGUUUAUUGAUAAGCACAAGCCUUAACAAAAGAACAUGCCAUCUUUGGAUUGAUGUGAAUGUCCUAAAAUGUAACAAACUAAGGUAAAAUCAUGUUAAAGCAGAGUAAGGCAGGGGAGAGCCAGGAGUUGGCAGAGAAGUUGAAAUUGUGAUAAUAUAACAGAUGAGGAUCAGUAUACAUGCCUGUAAGUGAUUGAAGGUGUAUUUUUAAACAUGUUGAAAAAUCUUAAAUGUGUGCAAAAGAACAGAGUUUUGGUAUAUUUAGAUCAGUUUAUUGGUUUUUACAACACUACAUUUUACUGUUUAGCAGUUCAUUACAUGAAUUUGGACAUUAAGACUUGAAACAUUACACAUUUCUUUUAAAGGUUAAGCCAAAGGGAAAUAUAUAACUGUGGAUGUGCCAUUAAGUAUUUUUUUUCUUUUCUUUAGCUAAAUUUAAAAAUAUAUGUAUUAAAAAUAACUAAAAUAUGUAAACAAAAAAAAUAAUAAUAAAAAAGUUGAAAAUCAAAAAAAUAAUUACAAAUAAAUACAAUAAAAACCACCAGUUUCCCUAUAGGAAUUAAUAAAGUAUAUAUCUAUUUAAAUUGAUUAAAUUGUUGUUCUCAUGGUCUUAUUUAUCA